AUGGAGCCACAAAUAUUCAGAUGGUUGGCAUCCUACCUUAGAAAUGAGGGCUUAAUAUUGGACAGUAGACUCAAAGUGGAAGAGAAACUCGCCUUCUUCUUGUACAUGCUAUCCCAUAACGCAUCAUUUGAAGAUCUUCAAGUUGAGUUUCAGCAUAGCGGGUCCACUUUCCACACCUACAUAAAAGAGUUCUUCAACAUCAUUCCCACUUUAGCAACUCGCUUUGUGAGGCCUCCCAACAUUGCUGAACCGCAUCCAACGAUUGCUAUGGAUGAUCGAUUCUUCCCCUACUUCCAGAAUUGCAUAGGUGCAAUAGAUGGGUCCCAUGUGCCCGUCUCUCUUACUUCCGAAAGUCAAGCACCAUGGAGGAAUAGGAAAGGAUCCCUAAGCCAAAACGUAAUGUUUGCGUGCGACUUCAACAUGAAUGUAACUUUUAUCUCAUGUGGUUGGGAGGGUUCCGCCACCGACGCGAGAGUUCUCAGCUCUGCUGUGCUCAAGGGUUUCCAAGUACCACCGGGCAAAUUUUAUCUUGUAGAUGGUGGUUAUGCGAACACCCAGUUUUUUCUUGCACCGUAUCGAGGUGUUCGCUAUCACUUGAAGGAGUGGGGACAUGGUCACCGGCGGCCACAAAACCAUAGGGAGUUGUUCAAUCUUCGUCAUGCAAUCAUGAGGAACCAUGUGGAAAGGCUCUUGGGCAUAUUGAAGAAGCGUUUUCCUAUUCUCAAUGUUGCAAGCUUUCAUCAAUUAGAGAAUCAAGUGAAGAUUCCAGCUGCUGCAGCGAUCAUCCAUAACAUCAUUAAAAUGCAUGAUGGAGAUGAAGACUGGUUGGACAAUGAGGAGGAGGAUAACAUAGACCCAAGAACCUAUGUAAACCUACCCAAUGAUGGUGACAACAUACAAGAGAACAAUUUCCUUGAGAACAACAUCCAAGGAAACAACCUAAGGGACCAAAUUGCGUGGCAAAUGUGGCUGGAUUACCAGCAACAACAAGAGUAGCUAGUUGUUUGCUUAGUUGUUUGCUGUAAUAAUGUACCUUUCAUUCUAAUGAACUAUUUGUAAUGUUUUCCAUGUAAUUCCAAAUGUAUCUGUGGGAAUAAUGAACUAUUCGUAAUGUUUUCCAUGUAAUUCCAAAUGUAUCUGUGGGAAUAAUGAACUAUUUCUAAUGUUUUCCAUGUAAUUCCAAAUGUAUCUGUGGGAAUAAUGAAAUAGUUGUAAUGUUUUCCAUGUAAUUCCAAAUAUCUCUGUGAAAAUAAUGAACUAUU